AUGCCCGUUCCCGACGAUGGGCUUGACCAAGUACUACUGCACUACACAGAGCACAACCCAUCGGGGAGAUCUACCGUGGUUCUUAUUCACGGCGCCUGUACUUCAGGCCUAAACUGGGACCUUGUUGUGCCACAUCUCGCCGACUCAUAUCAUCUGCUCGUUCCAGACUUACCUGGCCAUGGCCUGUCACGGAACGUGACUCCAUUCUCAGCCGAAUACUCCUCGCGUCUUCUUGAAAGACUGAUUCGCAAGCAUGCCCACGGCGGAAAAGCACAUAUCAUUGGCCACAGCCUAGGUGCGAACGUCGCUGUUGAAUUUAUAACAUCCCACCCAGAAGUUGUUAACACCGCUUUCGUCUCGGGCUUUGCUAAAUACCCACGGACAAAUUUUGCGUCGUUUCUUCCAUACGGCUUUUGGGCAGAGAAUCGAAUUACGAAACUAGUUCCUAGCGCUUUGAUAAAAUGGCUAAUGGACGGUACUGAUCUUGGUCAUUCGGGUCCAUGUUCAAUCGAGUUAUGUCGCCAAGUUGUUCCGCCAAUGAUUGAAACAACCUGGCCCUCUCCCUGGCCUGCGCGAACACUUAUUGUUGCCGCUGGGAAGAGUGGGAUUCUCCCGUCGAGUGAUCGUUUAGAGGAUGCUCGAAAACUGAUGGAUAUUGGGAGGGAGAAGAAUGUAGAGACUAUCGCGGUCACUCAUCCGCUUAUGAGGCAUCCUUGGAAUAGGCAAGCACCAUUGUUAUUUGCUCAGACUGCUCGUGCUUGGUUCGAAGGAGAACAGAUCCCGAGUGGUUUCGAAGACCUUUAG